GAAGGGAGGAAACACGCAGUGCUUCGACUGUGGCGUUGCGGACGUGACAUGGGCCUCACCCAAACUGGGCACGUUCCUCUGCGUGACUUGCUCGGACAUCCACCGGGCAGCGGGCGCCCACAUCACCUGCGUGAAGAACUUCAGCACCUACCUUUGGUCUCCAGACGAGGUGGCCAUGAUGCGCCUGGUGGGCAACGACCGGGCCAAGGAUCUCUACCGAUCCUCCGCUCCGCUCUCCUGGUCCCCUCAUGACUCCAAAGAACGGAAGGUGCAGCUGUGCACACAGCUUUACGGUAACGCUACUGCCCAGAGAGCGUCUGCAGAGAUGAUCACUGCAGCCACAGCAGCGUCAGCAUCGCCUGCGCCCAAUCCUUCGCAGGGUUUCAAAGCACCAGCUGGAAAGAUGCCGGCGGGAGCACCUGACUGGCUUGAAGACUGGUCUUCUCCACGCAAAGAAGAUCCCAAGACGGCCCAGAAAAGCGUGGACCUAUUGGGAGACCUGCUUGAUCUUCAGCCAGUGCUUCAGAAAGCCGGUGCGGUGGAGGCAGACGUGUUCUUGCAGCAAGGCUAUGUAGACGUUGUCAAAGCUCCUGCCGUCGAGAAGUUCCACAAUGAGUUGGCGGGCGUCUUUGACAACAAGUGCCAACAGACCGUAGCCCAACCGGCCAGAUGUGCCAUGCAAAUGGCGAACAAGGAAGAUAAUGAUUUUUGGACUUCGGUGAACUGGGACGACCUCAUGAAGUGA